ACAAUAGAGAUUUAAACCCUAAGCCUUAAAAAUUGACCAAUCACUGUCGAGUGUGAGUAGAAUACGCGACUGUGAUUGGUCAAUUUCUUAGACUGUAGAUUGGGACUAGAGAGCACCAUCUGACGCUCGAUUGACCGGAGCAUGUUCGGGAAUGUCGAAUUUCAAAAACACCGACUGCCGCUGUCAAUCGUCAACGUGAAAGGGUGAUAUGUGCGACGUUGUCGUACGUAUCGGAGAUCAGUUUCGAAAUGGAGGGACUGCUAGUGACGGACGCGGCCGCGAUCAGGGAGAGGUUUCUGACGACCGGCUGCGCGAGGCUGGACGCGAAACUCGGGGGCGGCGUACCCUGCAGGGGUGUCACGCAGAUUUACGGCGCCGCCGGCACCGGGAAGACGCAGCUGGCCCUACAGCUAUGCCUCGCCGUCCAACUGCCGACAACCGCGGGCGGCCUCGGAGCUGGUGCCAUAUAUAUUUGUACGGAAACUACUUUCCCCUCGAGACGGUUGCAGCAACUGCUGAGAAACUCGGAGUUAGUCAAGGCUCAUUCUGUGAAUGGAGAUGUGAUAUUUGUGGACCACGUAACCACGACUGAAGAACUGGUGUUGUGCCUGCGACGCAAAGUCCCAGCGCUGAUGAACGCUCAUAAGAUAGGACUGUUAAUCAUCGACUCGAUAGCCGCCCCUUACAGAGUAGAGGACUGGCAGGACCAGCUACACGGCAAAUCUAAGAGGCUCAUCGGCCGACAGUUACACGAGCUUUGUAAAAACGAUGACCUGUGCGUGAUCUGCAUCAACCAGGUUUCCGCGGUCAUAAAUGGUCACAGACUCAUCUCCGAGGACGCGAAUGAGCAGCCGGCUCUAGGGUUCACGUGGUCGAGUAUGAUAACCACCUCUAUACACUUUUACCGAAGGCUCUCCCAGCGAUACGCCUGCGUGAUGCUGGCCUCGCACUUGCCGAGAAUCACCUUCCAGUUCGAGGUGAACGAAUCUGGUGUCGGGGCGACUCAAUAAAUCUGUGUUACCGCAAAA